AUGGACCAGGAAUCUGAAAAUGAGUCUGCUGUCCCCUCUGGGGACCACUUCGUCAGAGUUGCCCCUACGGCCCCUCCGAAUACAAUGCCGAAGGAGAUGAGGGGUAAAAAAAAAAUACGAAACCCGAAUUGUUGUGUAGAAAAAAGGGCGAAGACUGUAAUAGACAGACGUGCGCCCAUCAACCCGCUAGAAAAGCUGGGUUUGAUGUCCAUGAAAACGAGUAACGUCCAGCGAGAAAUAAUAAAAGGAAGUGAUCCCAUGCUUGAGCGAAACCCGUUGGUUGGAAGGUUGCCGUUCAUGCUCAUCAUAAAUGCGACGCUCGUGCUGGUUUUCAUAUCGGAGCUUGUGUUCAACAAACUCUCGUUCAAUGGCAGGUGUAUAUCGAAGGUGCUUUACCCAACGGCGGAGGCGGGGAAAGAUCCGAUAAUGCCGUACGCGGUAGAGCUUGGUUACGGGGCCUGUGAAUACAACCUCAACACUAGUGCCGCAAACAGGUUCUUCUUCGGAAACGACGCAGCCGACAGUGGGUGGCCUGCGGAACGCGUAAACCCGGAAUUGCUCCUGAAGGGUGAUGCGGCUAUCGACGCGCCAAACGAGCGAGUGUUCCAAAUACUGGGAGGUUCAGACGCCAACAUGGCGCGCAACUACAACGAAUACUUCAGACUAAUAUGGAGCAUGUUCAUGCACAGCAGCUGGAAGCACCUGCUGUUCAACGUGUUCUGCCAAGUUCAGGCACUCUGGAUUAUAGAGCCGGAUUGGGGUUUUCUCAGAACCUUGACACUAUUCAUCGUUAGCGGGGUUGGAGGCAACCUGAUGGCUGCGGUGCUGGACCCGUGUGGCACCACUGUCGGGUCCUCAGGAGCCAUGUACGGACUAUACGGAGCAAUGAUACCCUAUUGCAUAGAGUACUGGAACACCAUACCUAGGCCCGUCUUCCUCAUGUUCUACAACUUGGUCACGCUGAUCGUUGGAUUUGUCAUCGGGUUGUCGUCAAACGUUGACAACUACUGCCACAUGGUAGGUGGAUGUCUAUUCGGCAUGUUGUGGGGAUUCACGACAAUCAAAAGCGUCUCCAGUUGCGAUAAAUGUACCCUGAUUGAGCGAUCACUGCUCUCACCGCUUAUAUCUUGGGCGUUGCCCAGGUCAUGGAAAGCCAAACUCCGACUAACGAUAGUCUUCAAAAAGGACCGAGGCGAACGAAGACGAGAGGCUUUCAAUGCGCACAAGAUGGCAGUGGAAAGCGGGGUCAGCAUGCAUCGGAUAGCACAGAUCAAGAAGAAAUUUGAGAGGAACGGAGCGCCUCCAUGCCGUAUGAGGCUUAGAGAGUGGUUCAUCAGGCUAACCAGCCUGCUCACAAUGAUAUCUUUGGUGGUCCUGGCUUCACUCUUCCUGGUCAACCCUGCACUGUAUUCCAAGUACAAGCCGCCGGGACAAUAUAAGUUCGGCGGCUGGCGUACGUGUGAUUGCUGUUACGUCACAAACAUACAUCGACUUUUCAAGACGACGGAUCAUAUAACGGAAUCAUACCGCAACUCAGAUUUAUUCUGGUGCUUCAACGACGUUGAAAACGCUAAACACUACUGCGGAGAAGACUACGCCGACAACGGCCCUUCGCAGAACGUCUUUGAAUCCACAGAGGACGCCGCACUUGGCAUAUUAAGCACCGUACGCACUGCCAUCAAUUCCGUGUAA